AUGCAAACACCCACCAACCCGCAGCAACGUCAACCUGGGCCAUCGAAACCGACCUCAAGCAGGAGAGAUACACAUCGACAGACAAAGAUAGGACAAGACUGGACGGACCAAAUACCAAGCAAGAGUGGUGCUCUUCAAGUCAACAGCCAUCAGCAUGGUAUACAGGACCCCAAAUUCAUUUCAUACACCUCGAAUAGGGCUAACGUCACUAAGUCACAAUCCUUACGACCAUACCUCCAAUGCGUUCGCUCGUCUCUGACCGCUGCCCUUGCGGUAUCGAACUUUGCCUCCCAGACCUCAGAACGACAUAACGUCCCGGAAAUAGAAGCAGCCACUUCUCCAGAACUUCUUCUUAAUCCGCUUACGGUUGCGCGCAAUGAGAAAGAGAAAGUUCUUAUAGAACCUAGCGUAAACAGCGUUAGAGUUAGCAUCCGAAUCAAGCAGGCAGAUGAAAUCGAGCAUAUCCUCGUACAUAAAUUCACCAGGUUCUUAACUCAGCGAGCAGAGGCCUUUUUUAUCCUCCGACGGAAACCUGUUAAGGGUUACGAUAUCUCGUUUUUGAUCACAAACUUCCACACGGAAGCUAUGUUAAAACACAAGCUGGUUGACUUUAUCAUCGAAUUCAUGGAGGAGGUUGACAAGGAAAUAUCUGAGAUGAGACUAUUCGUGAGUCUAUUGCCGAUUGGAAUCCUUCUACCUUUUUACUAUUCCGAUUCACAUGAGGCCAGGUUUCUAACGUAA